CUGCCAGCCACCUUCUUCAAAUCAUCGGUCCGGCAUAUUUUCGGUAUAUUUUACGGGUAUAGGCUGGUAUUAUUUAUUUAACAUUGUAACAAUCGAAGUGCUCUAAUAUUUUCAAACACUAACACUGAGUUGACCGCUCUACGCUGUGAACUACGCUAUCUUGCUUCUACAACUGUUCAGCCUAUUUUAAGAGUCAGGCUCCACAGAAAGAGCAGCAGUGCGCGGCUGACAUAAUAGCAUCACUCUGGAAGGCUCGUACUACUUGGCAGCUCUUUGCCUUCAAAUGACUAUGAACAUUUCUUCUCGUCCAAAAGAUUCAAAAUCAUUUGUGUUUUUUCCCCUCGUAAAGACGCUGCCGGUCGCUGCUUCUUCAAUGUGAAUUGACCCUAAGUUUUAUUAACAAUUAAGCACAAUUAUCAGAUCAGGAAGUCUAUAAACCUCUAUUUUAGUUACUAUCUGAUGUUUCUCUAACAAAUUAAAUUUUAAAAGCAACAUUUAAAAAAAUAAUUAAUAAGAUAUACAUAUUUUGUACCUGAAUACAUAUUUGUUAUACGGAAUCCUAAACAGCCGCAUCGAUAUCUGUUUUUUUUCUCGUUCUAAAGCCAUUUAUACUUGCGUUUAGUACGAGUCGGCUGCGUCAGUCUUUUCAGCCCAUCUGAUUAAUAAUUCAAUGAGUUCAGAGGUUCUACAUUCAUUCAUAUGCAUACUCAUAGGAGCUACGUAUCAUCCACAGUCUUCAGUGCCUACCCGUUAGUUUUAAGUGAUAGACGAUACUUGACGUACUGGCAGAAAAAUAAUAUAAAAUUUUAAUAUCACAAAAAUGUAUCAAGACAACGAAGUUGGCGCCAAAUUGGAGAAGAACAAAUUCGAGUCGUCUAUCAGUGAAUUGAAGAAGAAAACUUUUGUAUCGCAAGCUGAUAUACAGAGCUAUGGGGAAAGCUGUGUAACUCCUGAAUAUCAGGAAGCUUACCGCCGCUCAAUAGAUGACCCUGAAGGCUUCUGGGGUGAAGUGGCCCAAGAGCUGAAGUGGACCAAGCCAUGGGAACGUGUGCUGGACAACAGCAACCCUCCUUUUACGAAAUGGUGGGUAGGCGGCGAGCUGUCAGUAUGCUACAACGCAGUGGACCGCUUCGUGGAAAACGGCAAGGGGGACCAGGUGGCACUGGUCCACGACUCACCCUUGACAGACACCGUCAGGAAAAUCACUUACUAUGAGAUUAAAGAACAGGUAUCUCGCUUGGCCGGCAAGCUGACGGAGAUGGGUGUGACGCGAGGAUCCCGAGUGCUGAUCUACAUGCCGCUCAUACCGGAGGCCAUGAUGGCCAUGCUGGCCACCAACAGAAUUGGGGCUAUACACUCAGUUGUGUUUGGAGGUUUUGCCGCGAGGGAACUCCGAACAAGGAUAGAGCACGCUGAACCUACUGUCAUCAUAGCGGCCAGCUGUGGGGUGGAGCCAAACAAAAUCGUCAGAUACAAAGACAUUCUUGACGAGGCUCUCUGCCAGUCUGAACACCAGCCUGCAGCCUGUAUCAUUUACCAGCGGCGGCGCGUACUGGAGUGUAGCCUGGAGCCAGGCCGCGACAUCACCUGGGAACAGGCCAUGGAGUCCGACCCUGUGCCCUGCGUGUCCGUCGAGGCUAACGAACCGCUUUACAUUUUAUAUACGUCAGGCACAACAAGCGCACCAAAAGGCAUCCAGCGCCCAUGUGGUCACGCGGCCGUGCUGUGCUGGUCCUUACGCCAGGUGUACGGGCUGAAGCGCGGCGUGUGGUGGGCCGCGUCAGACCUCGGAUGGGUGGUCGGACACUCCUACAUAUGCUACGGUCCCCUCCUGGCGGGAGUCACGUCAAUCCUCUAUGAAGGGAAACCAGACAGGACCCCCGAUCCUGGACAGUAUUUUAGGAUUAUAGAACAGCAUCGAGUGAACGCCCUCUUCACGAUCCCCACUGCCAUCAGAGUGUUGAAGCGAGCUGACCCCAACGCCAAGUACGCCAGGAGAUACUGCAACAAAUCACUAAAGACUGUCUUCAUUGCCGGCGAACACUGCGACCAAGAUACCAGGGUAAGUACUAAAAGAGCAAUGUAUUGUUGUGAAACUUAUGACGUAUUACGUUUGAAUAUUUCUCGUUGAAAGUGGACGAUUUAAGAACUGCUAAAACUGCAGCCGAAGAUAGAUCUCGAUGGCGUGCAAUUGGGGAGGCCUACGUCCAGUAGUGGACGAAUAUGGGCUGACGAUGAUGAUGAUGAAAACUGCUAAGAUCUAUAUACAUCUAGGUAUAAUUUCUACGUUAAGAAGAAUUCAGUUUAUUAUAAACUCCUAAGUUACCAAGUCCUAAUAAGUUACACGUUAUAAGAUUCAAUAGGAUCCAGGAUUUUAAUUAAUCUGAAAGUGCUAAUAGACCUCUAAUUUAUUUUUGCCACACUCGUACUUGAAACGGGUUAAAUUUGUCUCUUGAAUUGUUUCUAGCAGUCCAAAAGUUUUUGUAUAAUUCUGCUGUACGUGUAUGUCACUAAUCUUCUCCUAAAUAGCUGGACCGAUGUUGAUAUAUUCUUUGUACGCGUUCUGGUGGCGCCUUUGAUGGUUUGAAUUCACAAAUCCGCGGUACAUAGUUCUUCGAAUCAGCUAGUGUCAUAAACAAACCAUUACGUAAAUAUAUAAUAU